UUCUGCCUCUAGAAAGUGGGGUGUAACAGCCUUGUUCUGUCUGCAGGGGCGAUGGGGAUGGUGAAUGUGCCACGGGGCUGUGGCGGCCAGACCUGCUUUGUGCAGAAGCUGGGGCAGGGCCAGGUCUCUGUUCCCUGCCCUUGCUGUGCAGCAGGGCUGGGUACAGCUCAAACCAGGGGAAGGAUGGGGACUAACGCUGUGCUCAGCCAAAUUCCCAGCGCUGCUGUGUGUGAGGGAUCUAGGGCCGAGGGCUGGACUGGUGACUCAGGUGGGAAAUUACUAUUAUUCUGGUGAGAGACCAGAAGCCAGCCCUGGACCACAGCCCUUCCCCAGAUCAGUCCUAGGAGCCAGGGCUGCUGGAAUUAAAUUAUUGAUGCCUGAUGUCUCCAAUGAGCUUCGCGGGGAGCAUUGCUUAGCAAGGAUUGCUGUGAGCGAGGGAGGGCUCCCCUGACCCCUCUGCUUUUCCUUUUCUCUGCAGGUUGAGCCCCACUUCCCAAUGGUGCUCGUCCCCGAGGGGCUGCCCCUCCCCAGACCCUCUGCCCGUGGCCUUGGACCUGCCUGGCUACAUCCCAGCCUGCUGCCAUCGCUUUAGGGUGGGACUGACCUGAGCGUGCCGGGGAGGUGGGGAUGGAUGGGGAAGGGGAUGUGGCGCUGUGGCACAGCGUCCUGGCACGGCUUGGCAACGAGGGAAGCACAGGGGUGGGGACAGGACUGUGGUUCCCCUCAGCAGAGGCAUGCGAAGGUGGAGUUACCCCUUUGUCCAUCCUGGGGAGCUGGUUUGACAGGAAUUGGAGCAGCAGUGGGGUGCAGUAGGCGAGCAGCUCUCUGAUCCCAGUCCCAGCCUUGCUCUUGCCCGGACAUGCAGGGACCCCCACGGGUCUGGCUGCCAAGCUGGGGACAUCAAAGAGCUCUGGUGGCCUGACCCCAGCCCGGUGAAGAUGUGUCAAGUGGGCCACCUCGACCCCAGCAGCCAUCAAAGGGUCCUCAUGAAAACGGGCCUCAUCCUCCUCAUCAUCGGGCACCUCAACUUCAUCACCGGCGCCCUCGUCCACGGCAUCGUCCUCCGCUUUGUGCUCAACCCCCGGGACGCCAUGUCCCUGCAGUACGCCGGCGCCAACACCGCUUCCAUCAUCUCUGCGCUGCUGACCAUCUCCUGUGGAAUAGCUGCCGUCAUGCUGUCCCGCUCCCUCGCCCCCGCCGCCCUCAAAUGGGCGGUUUUCACCCUGAGCGCCUGCAGCAGCCUGGGCUGCCUGUCCUGCCUGCUGGGGCUGGCCGUCUCCAUCGGGCUGACGCUGGGCAACCACGGCCAGGCACUGCUAGCCCCCUGCACCGUCACCGACAUUGCCCUCACCCCCGUAUCCCGCGAGUGCCCCUUCGAUCCCACCCGUGUCUAUAGCUCCACGCUGUCCCUCUGGGUCGUCUCCCUCCUGCUUGACUUGAUGGAGGUCGUCUUUGGCAUCCGCUGCCUCCUGCUCACCAUCAACCUCCUCCGCUUUGGCCGCUGCUGCCGCAGGGUGCACCGGAGGAAGGUGACUCCCAGUCCCCCCCCCCCAGCUCAGCACCGACCUGUUCCUGUGCAGGAUUGGGACGGACGUGGCUGGGCUUGGGGGGUCCGGGGACGGGGGCAAGAUUUGCCAACCCAAAGCUCUCAACCCCCAGCCUCAUUCUCAUCAUCCUCUCUGGCUUGCAGGUCUCCUUGCAGGCAGCCCCUGCGGAGAGCCCUGGCUCCGGGCAGUGCCUGGGUUUGCUGAGGCUGGACAGUGUGGAAACUGCCUGGCUCUGAGCAGGGCCUGAGGGCUGACCCCACGGAUGUGCCCUGGCCAGUCCCAGCACCCACACAACCCCACAACGGGACCUGGCUGCCCCCCAGCCUGGCUAUCAGGUGGACACAUCCCCCAGAUGCCACCAGCCAAGACACACAAGCCCAUCCCCAUGGCCUUCAGGUCACCCGGGGCUGCAACGAGAGAGGCGACUGGGCUGGAUCCAGAACUUGCGGGGAGGAACUUCCCCCCUCGGCAUCACUGGCCCCUUUCCCACCACUGACUGCACUGACACAAACUUUAUUCUGCAGGUAUUAAAAGACCAGAAGCCCG